GACUUCCCCAUGGGAACACAGAAAUCAGAAUGCAAACCACAAAAUUCCAAAAUUCACUUCCGUUUAUAAAACUCCAAUCUCUACUCGUACGAAGGAGGAAUUUGGUACGAGGAGCGAUCGGAGGCGCCUGUGAGGCAUAUAUAAGACGGCGACGUCGUCGGCUCUGGUGGCGGCGCCGGCGGAUUCUGAUUUGAUUUGGCGCUCUAAUCUCCGAUCCCCAACCCCAAGCGGCUUCUCUUCCUCGCUUUCUUCUCCGCCGCAUUGCCGCCGCUCAUAACUGCUCUUCAUUCGCCAUUUUCAAUAGAGCAUAAACGCUUCCGCUCAUCACUUCUGGUUUGCCACAAUAAUUGUUCAUAUGCAGCAUGAAGAGGAUAUCAUCAUUAUGUGGUUCUCAGAAAGCUGCUGCUUUUCCUCGUUUCACUGACGUUGAAAAUCAACCUCCUCACAGUAAAGUGACCUUAGAAAGCUCCACGGCUGACCGUAGAACGCUUCACGGCACGGCCAAGGAAGGCGACUGGGGGACUGCAGAGCUUAUUCUGAAACGCAACCUAGACUAUGCUCGUCAGAAGAUUACCAAAGCCGGGGAAACACUUCUCCACGUCGCCGUUGCGGCGAGGAGGAACGAAUUCGUAGAGAAGCUGGUGAAAAUGCUGGAUCCGAUUGAUUUGGAACUCAGAAAUGACAGUAAACGCACUGCUUUCGUGUAUGCUAUUGAGCUGGGAGAAAAGAGAAUGGCAGAGGUGAUGGUGGAGAAGAACAAGAAGCUGCUCACCAUCAAUGCUUAUGAAGACAUGACUCCCCUGGAAGUUGCAGCUCUGACAAAGCAAAACGAAAUGUUUUCGUACCUUUUCAAGGUCACACCUUGCGAAAAACUCAGUGAAUUGGGUAGCCCUCUCAUGGAAGCCACUAUUCAGAAUGAUAUGUAUGACAUGGCAUUAGAAAUCCUAGAAAAGGAUGAAACUUUAGCCACUUCCAAGCUUCCAUGUUACAAUUCAUUCUUGAGCAUUCUAGUCCGGAAACCGCCUCCCAUAAUCGAUGAACAUCCCGGUGGAACACGGUGGGGAAACAUUCUUCGUGCAGCUGUUCCCGCGAUGGAGGAGAAGUAUUUGCAGAGGAAGAAAGCUGGGGAAGUGUUUGAAAAGAUCUGCAACUUGUGGCUUGGUUUACCAGAGGAAGAACUGACUGGCCUCAUUAUGAAAACAGAAAUACUUCACUAUGCUGCCAUGGAGGGGAAUGCAGAGUUCAUAGCCAUGGUUCUUCGCAGGAAACCUGUUCUUUCUCUGGUGCUCAACAAGAAGGGUCAGACAAUGUUUCAUGUCGCGGUGUCGCAUCGCCAAGAAAGAGUUUUCAAUCUUAUAUACGACAUGGGGCCCUUCAAGGAAUUGAUCCAACAAAUUGUGGAUGAAGAUGGGAACAACAUUUUACAUUUGACUGCAAUGUUGGGGCAGACAGUAGGAGACAAGAAUGUUAAGGCUAAAUCUGAGCUAGUGGAAGAGACUCAGAAGAUUUUGCCAAGACAGCUUAUCAACGUAUCUGGAGCAGCACUGCAAUUGCAGCGAGAAAUCUUGUGGUUUAGGGAGGUGAAGAGGGUUGUGCCACCAACAUAUUGCAAGAUGAUCAAUGCAAGUGGAAGAACCCCAGAGGAACUAUUCUUGAAAGAGCACAAAGAACUAAUCAAGGAGGGCGAGCAAUGGAUGAGGGACACCGCAAAUUCCUGCAUGAUCGUCGCAACUUUAAUCGCCACCAUGGUGUUCGCGGCGGCCUUCACCGUACCCGGCGGCUACGACCAAGUCACCGGCAUCCCAAUCCUCAUAAAACCCGCCACCUUCACGCUCUUCGCCAUCUCCGACGCGGUGGCCAUGUUCUGCUCAAUCAUGGCCAUCAUCAUGUUCCUGGCCAUCCUGACCUCGCGCUACAGAAAACACGACUUCCGCGUGGCGUUGCCGGCGAAGCUGUUGAUCGGACUCACGGCGCUGUUCGUGUCGAUCGUCGGGAUGCUGGUGGCGUUCGCCGCCGCGUUCUUUUUGGUGUAUAAGAGGGAGUGGGAGCCGAAGCUCGUCGCUUCUCUCGCCGGUGUCCCGUUUGCUUCGUUUCUGUAUCUGAAUUGGCAGCUGUGGUUCGAUUCCAUCAGUUCAAUAUUCGGCUCUAAAUCUCUCUUCAGACCAAACAAGUUGAUGGUUUAUGGUGGAAUGGAUUUUGAAAAUCACUGACGAUC